UCGAUUUUCAUUUUAAAAACUUUUUGAGGACUAUUGUUUGGGAUUGUGGGCAUCGGAUUCGCUAUAGAUUUGGUUUAGCUUGGGCUUUGAGUGUUUCCGUUGGGUUUUUCGUCGAGUUUCGGUUCAAAGUUCCGUUUAAGGUUGACUUGUGACAAGAUUGGAGUUGAGCCACUACCCAUCUUCCUCCAACCAAAAACAAUCAUGCAUCCAACCAUUGUAACACAAAAUUGAAAAGGAAAAGGAGUCAUGACCGGCAAUGAAGCAAACCCGACCCUUACAGACACUUCAAUGGAAAUCGUAGAUCAAGAAUCUUAUUUAAGAGAUGAGGUCCGAAAUCUGAAGCAACAUAUAACAGACAUGUAUCGAGCCUGGAUCAGUGGGAAACCUCCUCCACCACUCCCUUUAAGUUACUUUGAAAAUCCCUCCACGACCUCUAUAUUGGCACAAACUCAACAUAUUCCCCCAUCAUACCCACUAGCGGAACAAGAAGAAAUGUCUAGGAAGCUAAAAAGCAUGGAACAAUCUCUAAGAAAUUUGCAAGGUCUAAGAGGUUUUAAGAGUGUGUCAUAUAAGGACUUGUGUAUGUUUCCUGAUGUCCAAUUACCUCCGGGCUUUAAAAUCCCGAAGUUCGAUAUGUAUGACGGACGUGGUGAUCCCAUGGCCCACUUAAGAAGGUACUGCAAUCAGUUGAGAGGAGUCGGAGGCAAAAAUGAGUUACUUAUGGCUUACUUUAGUCAGAGUUUGACCGGAAUAGCUGCAGAAUGGUAUGCAAAUCAGGACAUUUCUCAGUGGCACAUUUGGGAAGACAUGGCUCAGAAUUUUAUUCAACAGUUUCAAUAUAACAUAGACAUGAUCCCUGACAAAAAAUCCCUGAUGAAUUUGAAGAAAAAGCCUACGGAGAGUUUUAAGGAAUUUGCCAUUAGGUGGCGAGAGCAGGCUGCUAGAGUAAGACCUACAAUGAAAGAAUGUGAGAUGCUGGAGACUUUUAUCCAAGUUCAAGAAGAAGCGUAUUACCAAUUCUUGCUCCCUGCAUUGGGCAAACCCUUCAGUGAAGCAAUUAAGAUAGGAGAAAUCUUUGGGAGAAGGAGUUAAAACUGGUAAAGUUGUGAGCUUUGCUACACUAAAGGAGAUCACAGAAAAAGGCCAGAUAGAUUUAGGGAGUCUGUCCAACCAGGAAGAGGAGGAAGUUGCAUUGGUUAUACCAACAGUGCCUCGAGAUCAACAGAUUCAACCCUGGCAGUAUUCUCAACCUCCAUACCAUUUUUCUUCAAAUACCCAAUCUUUAUACCAAGCGCACUCUGAGCCUCUAAACCCCACAUAUCAUCAUUACCCAUCUCCGUCAAUCACUCAUACUCCCGACACACGACCCAUAAUGCUUCCCUUCAUUUUCGACAUUCUAAAAGACCUCGAUUAUCUCACUCAAGUUUUCAAGGUGCAUCUCGACCUCACGAGAGGCACUGCACGUUUCCUCCUCUAGUUGAACCUUUAUCCAGUUUGUUUGAAAGAGCUAGGCCUUUAGGGUUGCUAUAGGCGGCAAAAUUCUAGAUUCCCAAGCGCCAACAGAAAUCAUUCAAUCCUAACAAAAGAUGUGCCUACCAUUCAAAUGGGCAAGGUCAUGAUACAAACGAAUGCAUCACACUGAAACACAAGAUCCAAGAUUUGAUUGAGGAAGGGUUCGCAAGACUAAUACUCUCGCCACACGAUGUUAGAGGGCCGAAUUGAGGAUUGUCCUUCUGAAGUUUCAUGAAAUGACCCUCAAGUUCAAUAGCGGAUAAGAAGUGUCAUCAACUAAUCAUUUGAUAUGCUGAAAAUGUGUUUUGUGGUUUAAUUUGGAUCUUCUUUAAAAAAAAGAUUGGCCCAAUUAGGGAUUUUGGACCAUAUCUUGCUUGUCUCAUUCAA